AUGAAUGGACAAGAAAAUGGUGCUACCAUUAGUUAUAAUUCUACCUCACAAACUCUUCUGGUUGCCUUCACUACCAUUUUAAAUGGUACCCAAGUGAGUAGUUAUCUAAAUCAGAGAGUUGAUUUGAGCUACUUGCCGAAUAGGGUCAUUGUCGGGUUCUCUGCUGCCACGGGUGCUAAAUUUGCUGUGCAUAUGAUCACCUCUUGGAAUUUUAACUCUUCUCCCGAUGAUGACAAUGGAACGAGCGGAGUGAACUCGGUAGUUCCUCUGCCAAGCACUAGUUCUCAACAAGGACAACCAGCGGUUGCAUUAGGUGUUGGCAGAUGCAUUGCCUUGGUUGGAGCUUUAUGCUUUGUUUGCUUCAUCUUAGGGUGGAACAAGCUGAAAACAGCAGGAGAAAGUGAGGAAGAUCCCUGCUGA